AGCAGGUGAACGUUACUCGAUGGCUAACGUUGAGCAGCUAACGGAACAGCUGGCGUUAACUUUACAGCUUCACAUACGCUUGGGGGUUUCUAAUUAUGCGGACACAGAAUCCAGGGCAUCCAGGUUCAAGUUAAGGGCCCCGUAUAGCAGUUAUGGGGACAGCAAAGAUCCUCAGCCUCGGUCACGUUCACCUGUUUACGGGCGUGACGGACGUGAGCCUCGGGACAGCCGUGAUGGGAGGGACCCAAGUAGAGAGCCGCGGCCAGGUAGCCACUCUCGUGACAACGAUUAUCGGUACCGAAGCUCAGAGAGCAGAGACAAGGACCUCAGAGGUGAUUCGCGGGAUCCUGCAUACAGCAGAAGUGACUAUGACCGAUACUACCGCAGUGGUAGUGGUGCUGAAGACUAUUACCGGAGGAAGGAUGAACCCUACAGGGACCCUUACAGAGAUCCCUGGAACGGACGGCGUGAACCAGAGGAUGAUCGUGCUCGACCAGAAGAGCGUCGGCGUAAUGAAUUGUAUCGACAGUACUAUGAAGAACUCCAGCGGCGCUACGACAGCGACCGUCCUGUUGACUGCUCUGUGAUUGUCGUCAACAAGGCACAAAAGGAGUAUGCUGAGACGGUCGGGCGGAAAGUCCGUGAUUUGGGGAUGGUGGUGGAUCUGAUCUUCCUCAACACAGAAGUGUCACUAACCCAGGCACUGGAGGAUGUAGGCAGAGCCCGGACUCCCUUUGCCAUCAUCAUUACCCAGCAGCACCAAGUCCACCGGUCCUGCACUGUGAACAUCUUGUUCGGCACGCCGCAAGGUGAGGCAAGACCACAAAUUGAAACUACUAGAAGGUAA